UACCAAUAAAACUGGCUAAUACAUGUACAAUACGACAAGACGAUCCUGUUUGUAAUCUAUGUACAUUUGUGUACAUUUCGGACAUUUGAUAGUUACAGAGUUUUGGGCUAUCCACUGAGAGACGUGGGACAAUUUUAGAAAACCAGAUAGAAUAGUUCACUGACCGAGAAAAAGCAACCAUGACGUGCACGGAAUGUCGUAAGUCCAAGACUCUCAUCAUCGUAGUUGUCUUCAUAGCUAUGAUGCUUGACCUCAUUAUGUUAACAACAUUGGAACCGAUCUUACCUGAUAUUCUUCAUAGUAUUGACAAGGAGCAAGGUCUAUAUAGCGUCCCUAAUACCACAAGCCCAAAUACAACGACUUCAGAGGCAGCUAAAGGGACGGAGGAAAGCCGCAGGCGAAUUGAGAAAUCCCCCCAGGUUGGACUAAUCCUCGCAAUAAAGCCGGGAACUGAGAUUCUCGCAAAUAUCAUAGUAGGGUUCAUAGUUGACAGGUAUGGUCACAAAUAUCCAAUGGUUCUGGGUUGCCUGGCAAACUUCCUAGCAACAAUAAGUUUCGCCUUUGGAUACCGACUAGAGAUGUUUCUCAUGGCGAGAAUAGUGCAAGCCAUCGGUUCAAGUUUCUCAGUGGUAUCAGGGUUAGCGCUACUGGCUUGUGCAUUCCCGAAGGAUAGCGAGAGAGCAAGAGCAAAUGGUAUUGCAUUCGGAGGGCUCUCUCUUGGAAUGAUCCUUGGAUUUCCAUUCGGAAGUACUUGCUACCAGUUUCUUGGACGAAAGGCGCCAUUUUUCAUACUCGCCGCUCUGAUGCUAUUCGACGGAAUUCUCCGACUAUUAAUUGUGCUUCCAGACACCAAAAAAGAGGAGCAUUCGGGAUCUGAUUUACGGAAAUUCCCGAAACUGAUAAAAGAUCCUUACAUUUUAAUAGCGUUAGGUAGUAACUUUAUUUUAAAUUUGGCGUUGGGUGUUGUCAUAACAACGGGCCCUGCAUGGAUGCUAGAUACACUGCAUGCCGAGCAAUGGAAUAUUGGGUUGAUAUUGGUCAUUGGGGCAGUCUUACAAUUGAUUUCUCAAGCCGUGACUGGUCUCAUCGCCGUGCAGAUUGGCAGAUGGACUUUCUGUAUGAGCGGACUAAUUGUCUACGCACUUGGAAUGAUUGCAUAUCCUUUUUGUACACAUAUCUGGAUGGUAGUGGGCACAGAGGGGCUGGCCAGAAUUGGGUAUGGAGCAGUCUUAGCUGUGCUUAGUCCACUGUUAGCUUACUUGGUAGACCUAAGACACAGCUCUGCCUACGGGGCAGUGUACGGUCUAUACGCUGCUUCGUAUAAUCUCGGAUUGGUUGCUGGGCCAGUGGCUGGGGGAAUACUCGUAAAGGAACUGUCGUUUGAAUGGUUGUAUUGGGGUACUGCAGUUUUAGUUGUUCUUUUCUCAUUUCUCAGUUUGAGAUUUAGAACAAUUGAAAAAUCAGAACUUGUACUGAAGGAUAAGAAUGGAAAUGCAAUAGAUUAUGGAACAUUUAAAGAUCCUGCCAAAGUAGAACAAGGCAACAGUGAACCGGAAAUCAUUGAGCCUAAGCAUAACCGCCAGCGACAUCUUUUAUUAUCACAAUCAAGUUUGCCAUGUAGUCUGAGCGUUUGAUAUCGGGGCAAUUGAGUGAAAAUAUGGAAUUGUAGCCCAUUAUUAUGGCACCUGGUGAUUGUGGCCUCCCAUGGCUGUGGCAUCCGAUCACUCAAUUGUGUUACAUCAUGAUGAUCAUGUACCCCAUGGUAGUGACAAUACUCGAUUUUGAUAACCCAUUAUUAUGUUACAUUAUGAAUGAGCUAUUCCAUGGAUAUGUUAUAACAUCAUUGUGCUAUCAACUUUUCUUGUCAUCCCAUAAUUUUGACACAUUUUUGGUAUGCAUCACUUUGAGAAUAUUUACAGAUUUAAUUUGCAGUUGGAUGAACAAAUACGUACGCUAAGAAUGCAUAUUCUUGUCUUACUUUGUUUAGCUUUGAAAUAGUAUGAAAAUAAACACAAAUCAAACGUUCAAAUCAUUAAAAUGGAAGAGAAACAUUAACAUUAAACAAAGAUUUGAAACGGCAUAAUUUUUAAAUAAUAAUAAUUAGACAUUAUUGAUGUUCAAUAUUUGUAUCACAUUUCUCUACUGUGUUUGUAUAAAUGUAUUUAAUGUUAUACACUUUAAUUAUUUUGUCAUCACCAACAAGUGGUGACAUAUUGUUAUGGUCUCCGUUUUCUGACGGCGGUUGGUGAUCGGGGGUUGGCGAUCGGCGUCUGUUACAAAUUCUUACAAGUUACAAUAACUUAACAACGUUCUUGCAUAUUAUAAUUAUGAACUCUCCAAUAUAGUAUGAAGGCAAUAACGAUACAUAAACAUAACAACUGUUAAGACUGACUUCAUUAUUUUUCAAAAUCAUCUACAAGUUUACAGAAGUUCAAA